AGGGGUGGAGAACGAAGGGAGGAGGGAUGGGGGAGGGAAAAAGGGAGCGAGGUGUCUCCCUAGCUCGCAGCCUCUGGCAAGUGGAGUUUUUAAAAAGCUCGAGCAGAUCAUGUCAUGACGACUUCGCUGCUCCUGCAUCCCCGCUGGCCGGAGAGCCUUAUGUACGUCUAUGAGGACAGCGCGGCGGAGAGCGGCAGCGGCGGCGGCGGGGGAGGCGGUGGCGCGGGUGGAGCAGGGGGCGGCUGCAGCGGAGCGAGCCCCGGCAAAGCCCCGAGCAUGGACGGGCUGGGCAGCAGCUGCCCGGCCAGCCACUGCCGCGACCUGCUUCCGCACGCGGUGCUGGGCCGCCCGCCGGCUCCUCUGGGCGCCCCUCAGGGCGCCGUCUACACGGACAUCCCGGCCCCGGAGGCAGCGCGCCAAUGUGCCCCGCCGCCGGCGCCCCCCACCUCGUCCAGCGCCACCCUGGGCUAUGGCUACCCAUUCGGCGGCAGCUACUACGGCUGCCGCCUGUCGCACAACGUGAACCUGCAGCAGAAGCCUUGCGCUUACCACCCGGGCGAUAAGUACCCAGAGCCGUCGGGCGCCCUGCCCGGUGACGACCUGUCCUCCAGGGCCAAGGAGUUCGCCUUUUAUCCCAGCUUCGCCAGCUCCUACCAGGCGAUGCCCGGCUACCUGGACGUGUCGGUGGUGCCCGGGAUCAGCGGGCACCCGGAGCCGCGUCACGACGCGCUCAUCCCCGUCGAAGGCUACCAGCACUGGGCUCUCUCCAAUGGCUGGGACAGUCAGGUGUACUGCUCCAAGGAGCAGUCUCAGUCCGCCCACCUCUGGAAGUCUCCCUUCCCAGACGUGGUUCCCCUACAGCCCGAGGUGAGCAGCUACCGGCGUGGGCGCAAGAAACGUGUGCCCUACACUAAGGUGCAGCUGAAGGAGCUAGAGAAGGAGUAUGCGGCUAGCAAGUUCAUCACCAAAGAGAAGCGCCGGCGCAUCUCGGCCACCACGAACCUCUCGGAGCGCCAAGUCACCAUCUGGUUCCAGAACCGGCGGGUGAAAGAAAAGAAGGUGGUCAGCAAAUCGAAAGCUCCUCAUCUUCACUCCACCUGACCGCCCACCAGGCCACCCGCCCCGUCUAUUUAUGUCUCCGCUUUGUACCAUAACGGAACCCAUUGAAGGACGAAGGACCCUGCACUGGUGCAGAAAGUAUUUAAUGUUAACAAGAAAGAGGAACCGUGCACCCGCCAGCCCGGGAGGCAGAGUCUUCAAGGAAGCCCUCGGCCUUACCCUACUCCCUUUCUCCUCCCCACCUCCACCCCCAUCCAGAGGAUACUCGCUGUGCAUCAGCAGCUUUGGGGGUGGGUCUGGGUGGGUGGUGGGAGAAAGGCUGUUGGCCUUCACUCCUCACCUCACCAAAAAGCUGAGUGUCGGCAGAGAGCCCAAUCAUUCCAACCAAAGCAGGGUUGGGAGCUCCUGAAUGACUUAAUUUUUGCCCUUUCUUAUGCCCAGGAUGGUACAUGACCUUCCUGAAGGCUGCAGCUUGGGUGCAGGAGCUGGUAAGCUUGUACUCCCCUCCCAGUUCCUCCUUUUCUCUAUCACCCCCACAGACACUCCGUAGGCAAGAUUUCCCAGUUAUGAUUUUCUGUGUAUAUUUUAAAAGUCAUGUUAAUAUUAAUGAUAUCUGUUAGGAACUUGGCAGCGUGACUGGAGUAUAGA